AUGACUGUGAACAAACUUAAACUCAAUAAUGGAAAAACUGAGAUUAUGGUGGUUGCUAGUGCCCACCAGUGCCUUAUGAAGGAUAUCCGUCUGAAGAUUGGUGAGGCAAUAUUGACACCUAAGUCUACUGUUAAAAAUCUCGGUGCUGCCCUGGACGCCACCUUAUCAAUGGAAAUACAAGUCAACUCCGUGGUAAAGAAGAUGUACUUCAAUAUCAGGAGAAUAUCCAAGGUGAAACACCAUCUCACCCAGGAAGCGUGUGCGAAGGUCAUCAAUGCAACAGUCAUAUCUCACCUUGACUAUCACAAUGCCCUCCAGCUUGGCAUGACCGAUCGCCACAUGCACCGACUACAAGUGGCUCAGAACAAGGCUGCACGUUGUCUCACAAGAACAUGCUACAGACAACAUAUUUCGCCGGUACUUCAACAACUACACUGGCUGCCGAUACCUCUAAUAUCAUUAGGUGGUGGUGGUGGGGGGUGUUAA